AUGCGACACCCCAAAGAGGCGAUUAUGGCAGUUGUGGGUAUUGCGCAAUCGGGACGCACGUUCCCGCCAAACGCACAUGCAAAGCGACGCGGCCGUCACGUGCUCUGCAAAAGCCCUGCAAUCCCAGCGGCGGCCGAGAGCGGCGACGGCGGCGCCGCUGCCUCGUCAUCGGCCGCCGCGCGCGCGGCGAUCGAUGCCGCCGCGACGGGCUGGCCGAGUGAGCGUUCGACGAGCUCAUUUCGUUGGCAGGCAUCCAUGGUGCAUGUGGUUUUCAUUGGCCGCCGCCCAACGACGUCGACGACGGGACGACCUCGCCAGUCGCUUCCGCCACUGACGCUGCUGCUGGCCGCCGCUACGUGGCCUGCUGCUGUCGGCGACGGCCCAGCUCUCGGGAAUUAUCCAUCAACUCUUGGCUAUCCUUCAUCUUGA